CCACCCAGCUUCUCUUUUAACAAUCCGUUUUGUGCAGCUGCUUCCCCACUCCCCUCAGUGCCUCAGCUCCCCAGGCUCAGGAAGCUCCUGUGCUCCGUCUGCCAGUCACAACAUCGUCUUGUGCGGGUCCCGACUGAACUCUGCAGCCAUGCUGAAGGUCCUGGUGGAGGCAGCCGCCAAUAUUCCGAAGACUAAACUUGGCAAGCCGGACCCCAUAGUCACCAUCACCUUCAGAGGGGAGAAAAAGAAAACUAAAGCUAUAAACAGUGAACUCAACCCAGUAUGGAAAGAGCUUUUAGAGUUUGAUCUGAAGGGAAUACCCCUGGACUACUCCGCGACAUUGGAUGUCAUCGUCAAAGACUUUGAAACAAUCGGAAAAGACAAAUUCAUUGGAAGUACAGUUUUAUCUCUUAAAGACUUUGCAGCAGGGCAGAGCCGAUCGCUUCCAUUUAAAGGAGUAGCUCUAAUGAGUGAGAAAGGACAAGCCAUUGGUUCUACUAUUGAUUUGAUGGUGUCCUAUGAGGCACCUGCAUCCCCUACAAGUAAUCCAAGUGAUCCUGGAGGAACACAUGUACAACCAGACGGAGAUAAUGAAGACGAGGAGGAUGGAGAUGUUGUCGACUCAGGAUUUAACCCAUCUAUGCCAGGUGUUCCUGGUCAGGCAGAAAACCAAAUUGCUCGACGUCUCACCAAAGGAAAGAAGACUAGGAGGCUUCUUUCAAACAAACCUCAAGACUUCCAGAUCCGUGUUCGGGUGAUUGAAGGUCGUCAACUGUCUGGUAACAACAUAAAACCGGUUGUGAAAGCCAGCGUCGGUGGACAGACCCACAGGACAAGAAUCAAAAGAGGGAACAACCCAUAUUUUGAUGAGCUCUUUUUCUACAACGUGAAUAUGGCACCAUCUGAACUGUUUGAUGAUUCCGUAGUUCUCCGUUUGUAUAACUCUGGGUCUAUUCGAGCUGACAGUUUAAUAGGAGAAUUCAAGCUUGACAUUGGGUUUAUAUAUGAUGAACCAAGUCAUGCAGUCAUGAGGAAGUGGGUUCUUCUCCAUGAUCCUGAAGACAUGAGCUCUGGGGCAAAGGGAUAUCUUAAAGUCAGCAUGUUUGUCAUCGGCACUGGUGAUGAGCCUCCUGUUGAAAAGAGAGACAAGGAAAGUGACGCUGAUGAUAUAGAAAGUAAUCUCCUCCUUCCUCCUGGUGUAGCACUGAGAUGGGUCACCUUCCUUCUGAAAAUCUACAGAGCUGAGGACAUUCCACAAAUGGAUGAUGCUUUUGCACAGUCAGUGAAGGAACUUUUUGGAGCAGACUCUGACAAGAAAAAUCUAGUUGAUCCAUUUGUAGAAGUGUCAUUUGCUGGAAAAAAGGUCUGUACUAAAAUAAUAGAGAAAAAUGCUAAUCCAGAGUGGAACCAAGCUGUCCAUCUUCAAAUAAAGUUUCCCUCAGUGUGUGAAAAUAUAAAGCUAACAGUUUUUGACUGGGACAGACUCACAAAAAAUGAUGCUGUUGGAACGAGUAUUUUGAGCUUGUCGAAAAUUGCAGCUUCUGGUGGGGAAUUGGAAGACUGUGACACAACGGGAGUUGGGUCUUCAGCAUUGGAAGGAAUGAGUGAAAAGGAGACUGGGUUUUUACCCACCUUUGGUCCUUGUUAUGUGAAUCUCUACGGGAGUCCAAGAGAAUUUACUGGGUUCCCUGACCCUUUUGACGAUCUCAACUAUGGCAAGGGAGAAGGUGUAUCUUACCGAGGAAGACUCCUUGUAGAGCUGGUAACCAAGCUUGAUGGCACUCCUGGUAAAAAGUUGGAGGAUAUCCCCAGUGAUGAUGUUUUGGUUGUUGAGAAAUAUCAGCGCCGCCGGAAGUUUAGCUUGUGUGCUGUCUUCCAUGCCGCCUCCAUGCUACAAGAUAUCGGUGAAGCCAUACAAUUCGAAGUCAGCAUUGGAAACUACGGCAACAAAUUUGAUAGCACUUGUAAACCCCUGGCAUCAACAACUCAGUACAGCCGCGCAGUAUUUGAUGGUAACCUCUAUUACUAUCUCCCAUGGUCUGCCACUAAACCUGUAGUAACGAUGACAUGUAACUGGGAAGAUAUUAGUCAUCGUCUAGAUGUUGUCAACAUUUUGCUGGCUAUGACAGAACGUCUGCAAUCCAACAUUGCCACCUUGAAAUCGGCAAUCCAGGCUAAGGUUCCUGAUACCCGGCUGGCAGAGAUAUGGCUAAGAUUAAUUGAUCAGCUGAUAGAAGAUUUAAUGAAACCCUUUCCCUCUCUGGAAGGGAAAUCUAAUGUCACAAUGCUGGACAUUCAGCUACAUAAGCUCAGACAGAUGUCUCUAAAGAUGAUCGGGGAGGCCGCAGUCAAGAUGAGGGCCGAAGCCACUGAUGUAAAAGCAACACUUGUAGAGAUAGAGGACUGGCUGGAGAGACUGAAUCAGAUAUCUGAGGAGCCACAAAACAGUAUGCCGGAUGUGGUCAUCUGGAUGAUCAGAGCGGAGAAGCGGCUGGCUUGUGCUCGCAUCCCGGCCCACCAAGUCCUCUUCUCCACCGCCAGUGAUGAAGCCUGUGGAAAAUACUGCGGAAAGACCCAGACCAUCUUCCUACAGUACCCGAUGGAUAAAAACCAGGGUGUGAAGCUUCCUGCCCAGGUGAGAGUCAACAUUUGGCUGGGGCUGUCCGCAGAGGAGAAGAAAUUUAACAGCUAUUCUGAGGGGUCUUUCAGUGUGUGUGCAGAGAUGUAUGAGAACCAAGCUCUGAUGUUCGGCAAAUGGGGAACCACAGGUCUACUAAAGCGUCACAAAUUUUCUGAUGUCACUGGAACAAUCAAGCUCAAGCAAGAAAGUUUUCUUCCGCCUAAGGGCUGGCAGUGGGAGGAUGACUGGGCUGUGGACCCUGAGAGGAGCUUACUGACAGAAGCAGACGCCGGUCACAGCGAGUUCACAGAUGAGGUAUAUCAGAAUGAGAGUCGCUAUCCUGGUGGUGAAUGGAAACAACCUGAGGUGCCGUACACAGAUGCUAAUGGGGAGAAGAGCCCGUCUCCAGGGGAGUUUGAAUGUCCACAAGGAUGGAUGUGGGAGGAUGAUGCCUGGAGCUUUGAUAUUAACAGAGCUGUGGAUGAGAAAGGUUGGGAAUAUGGCAUCACCAUUCCCCCAGACCCCAAACCCAAGUCUUGGGUGGCUGCAGAGAAAAUGUACCACACUCACAGGAGACGGAGGCUGGUGAGGAAGAGGAAAAAGGACCCUAAUGUCACCGCAAGCAAAAAGGCAACCCUUUCUCAGGAGGAUCAGGAUGGCUGGGAAUAUGCCGCUCUUAUAGGCUGGAAAUUUCACUUGAAACAGCGAAGCUCUGAUGCGAUCCGACGAAGACGCUGGAGAAGAAAAAUGGCCCCCUCCGAGAGUCUCGGAGCAUCGGCCAUUUUCAAACUGGAAGGAGCUCUUGGGGCGGAUAUGAGUUCAGAGGAGGAAGACAAGAAGGAUAAGGAGCCUGCAGCCAAUAUCUUCGGGGCAAACACACCAAUUGUCUCCUGUAUCUUUGACCGAGCCUUCACAUAUCACCUUCGCUGCUAUCUUUAUCAAGCUCGGACUCUCAUUGCCUUGGAUAAAGACAGUUUUUCCGACCCCUAUGCACAUGUAUCAUUCCUUCACCGCAGCAAAACUACAGAGACAAUCCAUUGCACUCUGAACCCCACAUGGGACCAAACCCUGAUCUUCAACGAAGUUGAAAUCUAUGGAGAUCCACAAUCAGUAGCACAGAAUCCACCCAACGUAGUUAUUGAAAUAUUUGACAGCGAUCAAGUGGGAAAAGAUGAAUUUCUUGGAAGAAGUCUGUGCCCACCACUUGUAAAACUGACCCCUGUUGACUUAACGCCAAAACUGUUGUGGUAUCCGGUCAUGAAUGCUGGCAAACACUGCGGAGACGUCCUGGUUGCUGCAGAGCUCAUUCUAAGAGACAAGGAUGGGUCCAACCUUCCAUUGCUGCCAUCCCAGAGAGCUCCAAAACUCUACAUGGUACCUCAAGGCAUCCGUCCUGUGGUUCAACUCACUGCCAUUGAGAUACUUGCCUGGGGAUUACGCAAUAUGAAGAGUUAUCAAAUGGCGUCCGUCACCUCUCCGAGCCUCAUUGUGGAGUGCGGUGGAGAAAUUAUCCAGACUGCAAUGAUCAAAAACCUCAAGAAGACCCCUAACUUCCCCAGCUCUGUCCUCUUCAUGAAAGUGCUGCUACCAAAAGAAGAGAUGUACGUUCCUCCCGUAAUUAUUAAAGUGAUUGAUCACAGACCCUUUGGAAGGAAGCCGGUGGUAGGACAAUGCACAAUCGAUUUGCUGGAGCAGUUCCGGUGCGAUCCAUACAUUACGAAAUUCGAUGAUGCUGCAGGAUUAAAAGUUGCACUCUUGUCUUCUGCCCCUCCUCGUGAUGUAAUUAUUGAUGUGGAGGACACUAAACCACUGCUGGCAACACAGUUACAAGAGAAGGAGGAGGAAAUUGUGGACUGGUGGAGCAAAUAUUACUCCUCAAUCGGAGAACAUGAGAAAUGUGGCCAGUAUUUGCAGAAAGGUUAUGACACCUUGAAGGUGUAUAAUACGGAGCUGGAGGAUGUCCCAGAGUUCAGUGGCCUUACAGACUUUUGUGAAACCUUCAAGCUGUAUAGAGGGAAGGCCGAUGAGAGUGAUGAUCCUUCUGUUGUUGGUGAAUUUAAGGGGUCUUUCCGUAUUUAUCCUCUCUCGGAUGACCCCGGUGUUCCCAGCCCACCGCGACAAUUCCGGGAGCUGCCAGACAGCGGACCCCAGGAAUGCAUCGUACGAAUCUACAUCAUUAAAGGAAUAGAUCUGCAGCCGAAGGAUAGCAAUGGCCUGUGUGACCCAUACGUCAAAAUUACUCUGAGUAAGAAAGUAAUUGAAGACCGGGAUAACUAUGUUCCCAACACUCUGAAUCCUGUAUUCGGAAGAAUGUAUGAACUGAGCUGCUUCUUACCUCAAGAGAAAGAUCUGAAGAUUUCUGUGUAUGAUUAUGAUACUGUGACGCGAGAUGAGAAAGUGGGAGAAACUAUAAUAGACCUGGAAAACCGAUUCCUCUCACGCUUUGGAAGCCAUUGUGGACUGCAGCAAACCUACUGUGUCACAGGAAUAAAUCACUGGAGGGACCAACUGAAGCCAACACAGAUUUUGCAGAACUUGGCCAGAUUAAAGGGAGUCCCUGCAGCAGAGUUCUCAGAAAGUGGAAACAAGGUCAGAUUUUCAGGACGUGAAUACCUGCUGGAUACGUUGGAGGCAAACAAGAUAAUUCAUCAGCACCUGGGGCCUGCCAAAGAGAGGCUCGCUCUGUAUGUACUACGAAGCCAAGGCCUAGUUCCAGAACAUGUUGAGACCAGGACGUUGUUUAGCACUUUCCAACCAAACCUCCCACAAGGCAAACUGGAAAUGUGGGUUGAUGUGUUCCCUAAAAGCUUGGGACCUCCUGGCCCUCCCUUCAACAUCACACCCCGCAAAGCCAAGAGUUAUAUCCUGCGGGUGAUUGUAUGGAACACUAAAGACGUGCUGCUGGAUGAGAAGAGUAUUACUGGGGAAGAGAUGAGCGAUAUUUAUGUCAAAGGCUGGAUUCCUGGCAAUGAGGAGAACAAGCAGAAAACAGAUGUGCACUAUCGGUCAUUGGAUGGUGAAGGAAACUUUAACUGGCGAUUCGUGUUCCCCUUUGAAUAUCUUCCAGCAGAACAACUCUGUAUUAUUUCUAAGAAGGAGCAUUUCUGGAGCCUUGAUAAGACAGAGUUCAAGCUGCCACCAAAGCUUAUACUGCAAAUCUGGGACAAUGACAAAUUUUCUCUGGAUGACUAUUUAGGUUUUGUUGAACUUGAUUUACACCGCACAAUAAUUCCAUCAAAAUCCUCAGACAAAUGCAAUUUAGAAAUGACUGACCUGGCCAAACCGUCCAAAGUGGCCUCUUUAUUUGAACAGAAGUCCAUGAAGGGCUGGUGGCCGUGUUAUGCAGAGAAGGAUGGAAAGCGGAUUUUAGCAGGAAAACUCGAGCUGACUCUGGAAGUGCUGAAUGAGAAAGAGGCAGAAGAAAGGCCAGCUGGCAAGGGCCGAGAUGAACCCAACAUGAACCCGAAGUUAGACCCACCAAACCGACCAGACACCUCCUUCCUUUGGUUCACAAAUCCAUGCAAGACAAUGAAAUUUAUUGUGUGGCGCAGAUUUAAAUGGAUCUUCAUUGGCAUCAUCGUGCUGCUGUUCGUUCUGCUCUUCCUUGGAGUGUUCUUCUAUUCAUUGCCAGGAUACGUUGCUAUGAAGAUUGUGAAACCAGGUUCAUAAGAUGCAUCUUCUCCAUAACAGUGUUUUGUCUUCCGAUGUUUGGCUGGAUCCUACAAUUAUGUUUCAAGUAGACCUAACCUUGCUCUCAUGUCUGUUAAAUGUAAUGAAUUAGAGAAAUCUAAGACCAAGGUUAAGGAAGGUUCAUGGGGUCAUGACUCAUGUGGGAAGUCUUGUUUGCCAAGUACACCUCAGGUGAGGGAUUAUAAUUUGUUGACUCCAUUUCUCCAGAACACACAUUCCUGUUUUUGCUGAAAAUCUGAUCCUGAGCGGUGUAACGGGAGAUGUUAUUUCAUCAAAAGUAAAUACUAUUUUAUAAAUGCUAAAAUGUGCAAUAAACCCAUGUAUAUGAGAACAAAAUACAGAGCAACAUUUUAUAUUCUUGUACUUUUUAUAUAUAUAUAUAUAUUCUUCUGAUUCUAGUGAAAUGUUGUAAACACUUA